AUGUCGAAAAUCUCUGUUGCAGGCGUUCGUACGAACGUGCAACAGCUCCUCGAGUACUCCAAUGAGACGAAGAAGAGGAACUUCCUCGAGACGGUCGAGCUCCAGAUCGGCCUCAAGAACUACGACCCUCAGCGUGACAAGCGUUUCUCUGGAACCGUCAAGCUGCCCACCAUCCCCCGUCCUCGCAUGGCCAUCUGCGUUCUCGGUGACCAGCACGAUAUCGAUCGUGCCAAGCACCACGGUGUCGACGCCAUGAGCACUGACGACUUGAAGAAGCUCAACAAGAACAAGAAGCUCAUCAAGAAGCUCGCGCGCAAGUACGAUGCUUUUGUGGCCUCCGAUGCCCUCAUCAAGCAGAUUCCUCGUCUCCUCGGACCUGGUCUAUCCAAGGCCGGAAAGUUCCCCACCCCCGUGUCACACGCCGAAGACCUUGCCAACAAGAUGAACGAGGUCAAGUCGACCAUCAAGUUCCAGCUGAAGAAGGUGCUCUGCAUGGGUGUCGCUGUUGGAAACGUUGGCAUGACUGAGGAUGAGUUGAUUGGAAACAUCAUGUUGGCCAUCAACUACCUCGUCUCCCUGCUGAAGAAGGGAUGGCAAAACGUCGGCUCAUUGACCAUCAAGGCCACCAUGAGCCCUCCCAAGCGCCUGUACUAG